GAGUUUGUUUGCGCGAUGGGGAAGAUGAGAGUAAGCUGCAUGGGAAUGGGAGUGGGUGCUUCGACAACGCUGGGUGAUGGGGAGGCGGCGCCUCCCAAGAAUGGAGGGAGUAGUGAGGGACGACGAGCUCCUUCGGGGACGUGUCAUUCUGGGCGGAAGCCAGUUUCCGUGGGAACAGUGGCAAAACGGGAAAAGUCGAAGUCUAUGGAGUCCUGGCAGCGGAUCAGUCACAACACAUUCCUUCAUCGCAAGAGGAUGAAGCUGCGAAGUGGUGAGAUCAUGACCUGCCAAUGCGGCACGUCGAGGAUGUCAGAGGCCAACUGCGGGGAGAACUGCCUGAACCGAAUGCUGUGUAUCGAGUGUGUGCCGAGCCACUGUCCUUGUGGCGAUGCCUGUACCAAUCGCCAAUUCCAACUGAGGCAAUAUGCAAAGGUGCGAGUUGUGAACUGCGGGAAGAAAGGCAAGGGCCUUCAAGUGCUAGAGGAUGUACCAAAGGGGGGGUUUAUUAUUGAGUACGUAGGAGAGGUGUUAGAUGAAGAAACCUUUGAGGGCCGUCAAUGGGAGUACAGGUUCAACGGGGAGAGGCAUAUGUAUUUCAUGACACUGAAUGCCACGGAGGUAAUCGAUGCUUGCCAGAAGGGCAAUCUGGGACGUUUCAUAAAUCACAGUUGCGAUCCCAACUGCGAGACGCAGAAGUGGAUUGUCAAGGGGGAAGUUUGCAUUGGUCUAUUUAGCAAGAGGGACAUAGCCGCUGGAGAGGAGGUCACGUUCGACUAUAACUAUGAGAGGCACGGGAGCUUUGCGCAGCGCUGUAUAUGCGGUGCUGCGAACUGUCGAGGGACAAUUGGUGGGGAUAACGUGGUGGUGCCGCCAAAGUAUGGACUGCAGGCAGGCAGACUAGUGGUACCCUCGCGCACCCGAUGUAUAAACAACAACAACAACGGCAAUGGGGCGAGCCGGGUUUCUCAUCACGAUUGCGCUGGUGUCGAUCCUGACCAUUCGGAUGAAGGACAGACGUACAGAGGAAAGACGAUGAAGAUGGCGUACCUCAAUGGCUUGGGCGAUAGCUCAGUUACAACGACGAGCGAUACGUCGGACGAUUCGUCGGAGGAUAGCGAGGACAACGAGGAAGGGGGAUGUGCGCGCAGGGAGGUUGGCAUUUCACAGCUCAUCGAUGAACCGAGAUUCGUAGCUACUGCUGGCCCUUCUUCCUGGGAUGGAGAUUCAUCUUCAUCUGAAGGAACAGAGGAGGAAGAGCAUGAGCAAAAUGGGGCACAGGAAGCCGAGGAUAAUGACGUUGGCAAUGCCGAUGACGAUUCCAGCGAUGAUGACUCAGAGACAGAGAGCGAGGAGAAUGUAGAGCGGAAACGUGGGCACAACAGUGAAGUGGACAGGAGUCCAUGUGCAGAGAAUGGAAGGGACGAUCAUGAGACUGACGAAGAUGAUGACGAUAUGACGCAGUCUGAAGAUCUGGAGGGCCGUGAGAAGGUUCGGGUAGAAGGGAGACGGUUCACAGAGAGUGAGGGAACGGAGAGCGAAUUUGAAGCAGAAGCGGCGGAGGGUAAGGAAGACGGUACCAGUUGCUGCCACAAUGAUAACAAGGACACGGGCAGCUGGCAACGCUACUCCUCUGAGGCGAACCUGAGUAAUAAUAGCCCAGGCAGGCAGCAAAGCACAGGGAGUGGAGAGGGCAGCGUGCGGAGAGGAGAGGGCAUGAGUCACGCGAGAGGGGGGGGAGGACAUGAAGCUGGUGCUGAGGAUUUUGAGUCUGUACAGCGGGCUCAUAUAAUAAGACUACCAUCAAAAGGUACACCACCUCUCAAGCGGACAAGCCCCCCACUGAAAGGAACGCUGAUUAAGAGGUUGAAGUGUGAGGAUGGGAGUGGAGUUGCAAGUAACGUCCAGGAGAGCACGCUGACCAGCGCGGCGUCCAUCUCCACGAGCACUGUUGGGAAUGACGUUAGUAAAGAUGAAAGGGACUCGAGGGUCCCGGACUAUGGUGAAGCAGGUGCAGAGAAUGCAGCAGCACCGAACAAGCGGUCCAGCCCUUUGUUGAAGGAGGUUCUCACGAAGAAGGCAAAGAGAGAGGAUGGUGGAACAACAGUGGGUGGCGGCAGGGAGAACGGGGUGGCCAUGGGUGCGGGCUCUGCGUGCACGAGUAAUGUGAGCGGCGUCAGUGCCCGGGGGGGUGGCGGCGUCGUUAAGCUGAAGGGUGGGAAGCCAAAGGGUGUCAAGUCGUCAGCAUGCGCUGGCAGUGUGAGGCGGGAUGAUGUUGCGCAUCAGCUGGACAAGUUGCUGGACGUGAAUGGUGGGUUGACAAAGCGGAAGGACGUGGCAAAGGAUUUCUUGCGGCUGUUUGUGAGAGUGACUGCAGUGGGGGGGGAUACCAUGACAGGUGCACCGGUAUGCAGUGGUCGGGAUCUCUCCCUGCUCCUCGACGCGCUGUUGAAAACGUCGAGGGCGAGCAUCUUGAGGGACUUCCUUGACAAAAACGGGCUGAGGGCGCUGCAAACGCUGAUGGAGAAGAUAAAGUCGGAUUGGCAGAGAACGCCUGUUCUGCGGAAGGCUCUGAGGGUGGUGGAACAUUUGAAGGCCAGGGAUGUGCUCAGCCGGGAUUCGAUAGUGGCAUCGCCUGUGGGAAGCUUGUCAGGCGGGAGUUUUGCAGAUUGUGUGCGCGAGUUGAUGAAGUACAGAGACCAGGAGGUGCAGAGGCAGGCCCAUGUGUUUCUUCGACGAUGGGACAUUCCGUUCUUAGCUCCUCUUCCACAGUGUGAUAACCUGCAUAGCCAAAAUGGCAUUCACGGUUGCCCGUCUGGGGGUGGUGGGAGAGGGAGUGGGUUCCAUGGGCCAGCAACUUGCAAUGCAAGAGGGUUUGGAUCGAACUGGCCGGCCCACGGCUGUGGGGCUAGUUGGCACCAGCAACAGCAACAGCAACAGCAACACAACAACAGUAGCAACAGCUCCUCCAACAUGUGUUUCCAUCAGAACAGCGCAGGUGUGGCUGUUGCAGGCUCUGUUGGGACAGGUUUUGUGAGGCUUCGGAAAACAGUUUCUCUUGCAGACAGUGCGCCAUUGUGGAAUGAUAAACGGAUGUUGCCUUGGCCUUCCUCGUCUUCUCCUGACGGCACUGCCUCUCUCGCAUCUUCGGAUAGGGUUAAUAAUCCCUGCCAGCAGAUGGAGUCAACCAUCACACAGUUUUCUCCAGGGAGUGGAGUGGCGACGAGCAAGGACCGGGACCUUGAAAUUGGAGCUGAACACAAGGGCCACUUGCCUGAAGGUGGGGGUGCGGCCCAGGAAAGUGACAGAGGGAGUGAUAGUGCUAGUGGAGACAAUGCUGCGCAGCAUAAUGCAGAUGCGAGUGGGCAGUCUUCCGUGGGAUCGUUGAAUGCAUCGGACCAAAAUCAUUGUCCGCCGACUGGUGAGCCAGGGAAAGAGGUACCUUGUGAAAAUCAAGGGCGGGCUUCAGAGGGCCGUCCAUCGCAGCAAGGGUUUCCUGUGACGGAUGGGUCCUCUCUCACAGGAAAGAAUGGCUCUUUGCAUGGUGGGUCUGCCAGUGGGGCAGAGAGCCAGCCACAGCAAUGCCGUCAACAGCAGUAUGGUGCAUAUCCCCACCCCUUUUUACAUUCCAAUCACCAGUCCCAUGUUCAUUCCCGUCCUCCCUUCGAUUUGAAGUCCUAUCCCUCCACGCACCGUCCUUGGGGCAAUUCAUUUGCACCACCACGGCCUUUCGCUUCACGAUUUCGCAACAAUCGUUUCCGCCCUCGUCUUCAUCACCUCUAUCACCAACCCCAUGGCCGUGCCAACUGGGAUCCUCCUCCACACCCUCGUCCUCACCAUCCUCAAAGCUGUGGAAACCCACCAUGUCCUGCUGUCAUCCCCCAGCCACAGCCAUAUCCUCUCUCUUGUACGCAGCCAUAUCCGCAGCCAUAUCUACACCUAUACCCGCAGACAUAUCCACAACCAUAUCCGCAGCAGCCAUAUCCACAGGCAACCUUUGCACAGCCACAGGCCGGGGUUACUCCUCCACAACUGCAGACUGGGUCCCAUCCUCAGCAACAUUCACAGACUGAAUGUGCUGGGCUCCAGUCCCAUCAGUUACAGCCGCAGCAGUCCGAUGUGUCUGAACCAAGCCAGCCCCCAGGUGUGGAGGAGCAGAAACAGAAGGUUACACCACCAGAGUCGCUACCGAACCCGGUAGAGCCUCCUGCACAUCCACAACCAACCCAGAUGCCACAGCCGUAUCCUCAAGAGCUGCCACCCCACUUGCAGCCGCCACCCCACUUGCAGCCGCCACCCCACUUGCAGCCGCCACCCCACUUGCUGCCGCCACCCCACUUGCAGCCGCCACCCCACUUGCAGCCGCCACCCCACUUGCAGCCGCCACCCCACUUGCAGCUGCCACCCUUACCACCUGGCCCGAUGCCGCUAGGACAGCAGCUUCCUCCUCAGAAAUGUCAUGUGACGGAUCUGCAGACCCCACCGCCUCAGUUUCAUGGUCCGUUUCCUCCAAUGCCACACUUGCACCUGACUUUUCAAAUAUUUCCACAGCCGAAUGCACAGUCGGCUGGUCCUCAGCCACCAUUUCCUCCACAACCAUCCACAUGGUGGGGUAAUCAGUGUGGAACACCGGUUCCCUAUCCGUAUCCCCCGCUACCUAUUGCCCCACCACCUCCUCUUCCAUCUCCCCCACCAUUGCCCUCAACGCCGCCACCUCUGCCGCCGCCCCCGCCACCAGGACUUCCACCUCUGGGUGAGGUUGAGGCCACACAGUCUGUAACUGGGUGUGGUGAGCCUUCUCCGCCUGCUGUUGCUCCGGGCGAGGGCGAAACCGCACCGUCUGCAGCCGUAUGUGGUGAACCCUCACCUCCUGCUGUUCUUCAAGCCCCAGGAAAGCAGCAGUCUGACCCUCCUCUAGAGCAGCCAUCAUCAUCUCCCCUUACUACUUUGAAUCCUCUUCGACCAUCGGAACUGACUGGAGACGAGCAAUCACAUUGUGUCAAAUCUCCAUGCCACUUGAACACAUCUACUGCCAGUGAUGGUUGCACUGUUACCGAACCCAGGGACAAGGAUGACACGCUCAGCGGCUCGCCAGUGAGCAUGUCGGAUGUUUCUGGGGAAAUUUCACAUCCUGCGAGUCCCUCUAACGUUGCAGAGAUUACUUGCCACACUGCUGCCUUCGCUGGAUCUGUGAAUGGCACUGCAAGCACUGAUCCUGCUGGGGCCCACCCGGACCAGGCAGAUUCCACUACCUGUGAUUCCAUUUCUCAGUCUGCACAUGCAUCGAGCAGGCAAACACCCUGUGACACUCAGCCUGUGGUUGCUGCUUGUCACACGCCAGGAGCUCGCUCUGAACCCCUACCCAGCUCUUCGCCGUCACUGAACCCAGAAGAAGGCCCACCAUCUGAGUCUCAUGCCGAGCCCUCAGACACUGCAAAUGCGAAUGCUCCUUCAAUCUCUCGGGGGGUCCUUGUCCCAGCCCAUCCCUCCGACAUAAAGGUCCAUGGACAAGCCCAGACGCCGGACCAUACUAUGUCCCCCACGGCGAAUGAGACUUUGCAUGGGCUUGAAUCUCAGCCGAAAUCUUUAGACUCUGCGUUACAAUCAGAUCCUUUGGCACUGCCUAACUCUUCUCUGCCGGCAACUCCUUCACGAGGCUCCCAGCAAAACCAUGGUUCCCCUCCACGAUCAUCACCUCCACGAUCAUCACCUCCACGAUCAUCACCUCCACGUUCAUCACCUCCACGUUCAUCACCUCCACGUACAUCACCUCCAUGUUCAUCAUGUGCGGUAGUCGUCAUAAUGCAGGCUGCUGACAGUUUGCAACCACAACCGGAUUCCCCGUCUCUAACCUCCACCAACCCCCAUCCAGAAGAUGAGCAGCGACCACUUCUGAUCCAUCGUUCUUCGGAGGCUUCCGAAACCCCGCUGUCCACAGAAAACCUGUGUGAUGCAGCGGCGCCUUCAAACUCACUUUCUGCUUCUGGUGCUCAGCCUGUGCUUGACGAUGAGCCCCGUUGUGUGGUGCACGGGAAGCCUUCAGAAGCAGAAGUGGAGUCUGAAUCAGAAGGUAAGCAUAGUGUCCACUCCGUGAGUAUGUGCUCCAUGAGAGAGGACCAUGAUGUGAGAGAGGACCAUGAUGAUGGAAAUCCUCAAGGUGCACACAAGGAUGCAGUUGCACCUUCAUUGAAUGAGCAGGACAGCGAGGAGUUAGGUGUAGUCCUAGGGGAGAGGGAGAGCACAGGUUCCACUCAACCUUUAGAAGAAAGAAGAGAAGAGACGAAGGUAGCUGCAGGGCCCAGUACAGACGGGAACAGAGAGACUCAGAUUGUCCCACUGGGGCCUUUGCCAGGUGCCCAUGCAGGACGGGAUAGGGAAGACCGGACUCAACAGUUAGACGAAAGAAACCAAGAACGAAAGGACCAUCAAUGGUACACAUUGGAGGUGUGGGAGGACCCGUCUUCGGAGCGAUUCCGAGGUAAAGUUCAUUUUCUUGUAAGGGACUUGCUACAUAGAUUUAGGGAGGAGUUGACGGAUGCAGAGUCCGAAAAGCUUUGUGCCAAGUUGGCACCUCUGGUGGUUGCAAAAGAAGAGGAGAAGUAUCUUGAACGUUCUAAGCAGGGUUGCGCGGGAGAAGGAGCGGGAGAAGGAGCGGGAGGAGCGGGAGGAGCAGGAGGAGCGGGAGAGGGAGUGGGAGAAGGAGCGGGAAGGGAAAUGGGAAGCGGCGGAGGAGGCGUGGGAGGAAGAGCGGGAGAAGGGGCGGGAGGAGGAGCAGGAGGAAGAGCGGUAGGGGAAACGGAGAGCGGGUUAGGAGCGGGAGACACGGGAGGAGCAGGAGGAGGAGCGGCAGGAGGAGCAGGAGUGGAAAGGGGGAAGGGGAAAAACGAAAACGUGGCUGGAGAAGCAGCGGGAGGAGCGAGAGAAGGACCGGGAGGAGCGGGAGGAGGCCCGGCAGGAGCGGGAGGAGGAGGAAGAGCAGACGAGGAGCAGGAGGAGGUGCGGGAGGAGCAGAAGAAGGAGCGGGAGGAGGAAGAGGAUGAGUGGGAGGAGGAGCGGGAGGAGGAGGAGGAGGAGGAAGAGGAGGAGCAGUGGGAGGAGCAGGAGAAGGAACGGCAGGAAACGGGGAGGGGGGGCUAACGAAGGCGCGGGAGGUGGGUAUGAAAAGUGGAAGGAGGGAACGGAGGAGAGGGGUGGGGCGGGGGAGGAGUGGACGGGGACUCUCUCUCUCUCUCUCACACACACACACACACACUCCUCUCCCCCUCCUCCACCGCCGUCUCCCCCCCCAAACCCCCAACCCUCCCCCGACGCUGCGGCAGGUCCACUUGUUCUCAGUAAAGAAGAGAUUGUUAU